AUGGAAUCGCCAGACAGCGGCGGCCCGCCGUCUGAAGCGGCCGCUAAGAAGCAGCGCAGACGCCCGGUGAAUGCUUGUGCUACCUGUCGUGCGCGCAAAGUCAAGUGUGAUGAGCGACCGAACGGGUGUCUGAACUGCGAGCGACUGCAGCUCGACUGUGUUCAGAACGGGGCUGUUGCGACGGCUGCGAAGAGGUCGAGUGCGUCGUUCGAGACUGUCGUGGGUAUCAAGCGGAAGCGCACGUUUCGCUCUUGUGUCCCGUGUAGGGACUCGAAGGUCAAAUGCUCCGGUGAACGGCCGAUAUGUACACGCUGCCAGCAACGCCGCACUACGUGCGUCUACGACGCUGAGCAGAAUGAGCCCGCUUGGGUGCACAGUAUCUCGACGCCGGUUGCGAAUACGCCGGAUUAUUCUUCCGUCGUUGCGUCUGCUCAGUCUCCGCGGACUGCGCUUACGCCGAUGCUGUCUGAGGCUGCGAUACCUGGUUGUCCUCCUUCGUUGACAUGGUUAUUCGCGACACAGCUUCCGCCUAAGCUCAAGUUGCAUGCGUUACUGGAUGCGUACUUCAACAAUGUCCAUCCUAUUCGUGUGUUCGCGUUCGAGCACAAGCCCUCGUUUAUCCGCAUGCUUGAUGAGGGACAGCUCAUCGACUCGUCGGACCAGGCUCUGCUACACAUCAUGUGUGCACUUGGCGCGAGGUUCUAUGCGCUCGAUUAUAGCGAGUCGUUCGCUCCGCUCUCCAAGGAGCUCAUCCAGUCGGCGGGAAGCCAAUGGGCGAAGACGGCCGAAGAGAUGUUCUUUGCAGACUACAGCACUAUCUCUAUUACUAAGCUCAAGGUCCUUAUCCUACUCCACGACCAGGAGGCUAGGACGGGUAAUUAUGCUGGAUCGUUCCUCCUCACGGGUCUGGUUAUCCGCAUGGCUCACGCGCUGCAACUCAAUAAUGAAGUCUCGAUGGACGUGCUCUGCAAAGAAGUGGGUGGGAGCCCGAACGAGGUGUCUGUCAGGGAGUCCCGCAGAAGGAUGAUGUGGGCCUGUUAUAUGAUUGAUGUAUGGGCUGGCAGUGGCGUUGACCAUCUCACCAUUUUGAACGAAAAGGAUCUCAAGAUUCAGCUCCCGUGUAACGAACGGCAGUUCUCACUCCAAAUAGCGUGUGUCACUGAGAGACUUGAGAAAGGCGAAAUUCUGGACUUUAUACCCGCCGAAGAUAUCCCAGAGAAGCCGUCGGAUAACUUAGGCAUGGCAGCUUACUAUGUGCGUAUUGUUAGUAUAUGGCGGCGAGUACUUCGUUUCGUAAAGCAUAUGGACGAAGAACAGCCACCAUGGAUGUCAGGCUCUGGAUUCGCCAUGCUCAUCGACGACAUACAAACGUGGAAGCGUAGCUUACCCUCUUGGCUAGACUUCUCCGCAGACAACAUAUACAUUCGACGCGAAUCUCACCAGCUGGGCGCUCUGUUGCUCAUCCACUGCAUGUACCACCACGUCAUGUGCGACGUCCAUCGCAUCGCGCUCCCAGAUCUCUUCAAGAACCAGGAGCCCUUCGUCUUCCCUCCCAGCCAGCAGUCGUUCGUCGCCCACCUGCAAGACGUGUGCUUCGAGCACGCACAACGCAUGUCCGUCCUAGUCUCCACAAUCCUCCAGCACGGAGUAAAGCACUUCGCCGACUCGAUUCUACCCUCCUUCGUGUACAACAGCAGCCGCAUCAUGCUCUACUACAUCGCUCGCCUCCUCGACAUUUCCAAACCAGGUGUGAGCACCCUCAUCAGCCGCACCGUCGAGCUCGUCCAGCAGAACAACAAGGCGCUGCGCGAAAUGACGUUGAUGUACCCGCUCGCCGAAACACUCUGUAUUACCACAGAGCGCUGGCUUGAGACUGUGCGCGCGAGUCUUGCCCGCGGACACACUACUACGUAUAUUGCGCCGCAGGAUCCAUCGGAAAAUGAAGUCCGCCAGGUUGUUGGCGCACCUGUGGCUCGCACUACGAGUACCAGGCACACACAGCACAACAAUGCGUUGUCGGUUCUGCCUCCGAUCGCUGAGACGCUUGGUGCUGCACCGCCUUCUACAACACAAUUGACGCCUAUUGGCUAUGGCACUGCUACUGCAACUUCGCCUCCGCACAUGCCAGUCAGGCUAUCUGGCUUACCUAGUACACCUCAGCAAAAACAGCAACCGGGGGAUGAUAACCAGGACGCCUUGUAUCCCGCUGCUGCGGCUGUUGGUUCUUCGUCCACCGAGCAACCCAUGUUCAACCUUGACGACUUGCAAAACUUCUUCGAGUGGGAGGCGACUAGCGGGGAGAAUGCACAGUCUACGGGCUUUGAAGGGUUUGGGCCAUUGGGGUGGGCUAAUAAUUUCUCCAUCAUGUGA